AUGCCUUCGUCUCAUGGCCACGGCAGUAAGAAGCCCAAGAAAUAUAGGGGGUCUUCUAAGGAUAAAGAUUCGUCGGACAUGUAUAUGGAGCGUCACAAAUCUGAUCGGAGCCAUGUAUACGUUGUCCACGAGCGUGGUGUAGGCUCGGAAUCAUCAGGAUCCCACAGCUACUCCCAUAGUGGUCACCAUAGUGGUCACCAUGGAAGUCACUACGAAGACUCUGGAGGAGCGAACAACCCGUCGGCGGAGCCGGUCACUUCAGCUCAACCACCGGACCAACCAACUAUACCUGAAGAGCCGCCAGACGUGCCGCAACCUGCACCGAUGAACGAACAAGCCAGUUUUACUGACCAACCUGGAUAUCAGACCAUCAACCAACCAGUAUCCGGUGGUAGGUCAGUCCGCGUAUCAGUAGGAACCGGGUACACAGCGAAUGGAGUCGCGCCUCAAGCGGGUAAUUACUAUCCCCCCAGCCAAAACCCAUUCGCAAAUUAUAACAACCAGGCAGGGCCCAGUCAAGCAGUGGAUCCGGACUAUCCGGAAGACUAUCCGGAAGGGGAUCCGGGGAAUUACAAUGGCUUGGGACUCGGCUGGAGCCAACCGGACCCAUAUGGCAGGCAAUAUCUUCACGAGAAGAAGCACCGCAAGAAGCAUCAUCAUCACCAUCACCACCACUAG